GCCACGGAGUUUUAUAGCGUAAACACACGCACGGACUCAUGAUCCAUGUUGUGGGUCCCACCCUGCACCCACCGAGCAGCUCACCUCACUGGGAGGAUGUUGACUAUUAUGGGCUAGCGUGUGUUUGAGGUCGCCACAGCGCCCGCUGCUGUCCUCUCUCUCUCCUGGUCGUUCCGCUCAUUGGACGCGCACGUUUUCCCGCGCUGGGAUCAUCAACUUCACUCAGGUGUUUUGUGUCAUUUGGAGCGUUGUCGUGACGCUCGUCAGUCAGGUCGGAUGAGCGCAGCCUCGCGAGCCGCCACGCCGCUGAGCUGAUCCAGUCAUCAGGGAUCAGUGGGUGCAGACGCCUCUCCGCCCGUUCAUGGAUGCAGGACAUUGGUCGCCUCGACAUGGAGCAGCCGUGACGAGCGAGCCUCACAUCUGGAGAAACCACAGCCGAGCGUGACCCGAACAGAAGACUUGAACGCGGAUCGGUCGUCGUUAGCGCGGAAGACGGUUCCUGCACCAGUGGUCUGGAGUCAUGGGCUGCACGGUGAGCGCCGAGGACAAGGCGGCCGCCGAGAGGUCCAAGAUGAUCGACAAGAACCUGCGGGAGGACGGAGAGAAGGCGGCCCGGGAAGUCAAGCUGCUGCUGCUGGGUGCAGGCGAGUCUGGAAAAAGCACCAUUGUGAAGCAGAUGAAGAUUAUCCACGAAGACGGCUACUCAGAAGAUGAGUGUAAGCAGUACAGGGCCGUCGUCUACAGCAACACCAUCCAGUCAAUCAUGGCCAUUGUCAAAGCCAUGGCAAGUCUGAAGAUCGACUACAGCAGCCCCAGUCGACUGGACGAUGCCCAGCAGCUCUUUGCUCUGUCUGCGGCUGCCGAAGAGCAAGGCAUUCUUCCCGACGACCUGGCUAAUGUGAUCCGGCGUCUGUGGGGGGACAGCGGCAUUCAGAGCUGCUUUGCGAGGUCCAGAGAAUAUCAGCUCAACGACUCUGCAGCAUACUACCUGAACGACCUGGAGAGAAUAGCCAAGGCAGACUACGUCCCCACCCAGCAGGAUGUGCUGCGGACGAGAGUGAAGACCACGGGAAUCGUGGAGACUCACUUCACUUUCAAGGAACUGCAUUUCAAAAUGUUCGAUGUUGGGGGCCAACGCUCCGAGAGGAAGAAGUGGAUCCACUGUUUUGAAGGAGUCACAGCUAUCAUCUUUUGUGUGGCGCUGAGUGCAUACGACCUGGUGCUGGCCGAGGACGAGGAGAUGAACCGAAUGCACGAAAGCAUGAAGCUGUUUGACUCCAUCUGCAACAACAAGUGGUUCACCGAGACCUCCAUCAUCCUCUUCCUCAACAAGAAAGAUCUCUUUGAGGAGAAAAUCACCCGCAGCCCACUGACCAUCUGCUUCCCAGAAUACACAGGAGCGAACAGGUUCGAUGAAGCAGCCAGUUACAUCCAGACCAAGUUCGAGGACUUAAACAAGAAGAAGGACACGAAGGAGAUCUACACCCACUUCACUUGUGCCACCGAUACCAAGAACGUGCAGUUCGUCUUUGAUGCUGUCACUGAUGUCAUCAUCAAGAACAACCUGAAAGACUGCGGCCUCUUCUGAGGGGUCGCAGUUGACCCUGCAUGAGAGACUGCAACAGCCAUGUGAUGAUUACCACUUUUCAUAAUGAAAACAACGAAACUGCUGAAACUCAACGAAGAACAGUUGCCGACCGCUGGACUCUCUGUUUGUGGGAUGACAAUCCAACUGCUCCUGAAUCGCCCGGUUCUCUUCUCACUGAAUGCCUGAGUGAAUUUUUGACCCCGAAACUGGGCACGAAUGCCAAAACGAUAACAAAUAAAGAGUCGACGUUUUAUGUUUUAGAGUGUUUCAGUCAGAGACCCCUGGUUUGACUUACCUAGAUGCUAGUGAUGGAAUGAAUUGUUGCCAUGCAUAUUGAAUAAGGUCAUGAUCCUUAUAUAGGUCUCAUAGCGACGUUUGCUUUGCACACAAUUUUAAUCAGCCAUAACAUUAUGACCACCGACCAGAUCUUGCAUCUUGUGGUGUCCAUGGUUUCCCAUGAAAGAGACCCGAACAAUGUUUACAAGCCUUUUACAUUCAUUCACAUCUGAGAUUUAACAAUGUUCAUUUAAUAAACACACUUGUACGUUUUUUAAACUAAGGGAGUGUUUUUAAAGUUUCCUCCACGAAUUUAUGAUCUGGAACAAUGACUGAAAAUGAUUUUGUUGCUACGAGCGAACCACAGUGAUGAUGGAUUACGUGUGUAUCAGACAUGAGGCACGGGGGCCGAAUGCGGCCAGCCGCCUUGCAACAGUGAACCAGAGCCACAAUAUUGUACCGGCGGUCAUAAUGUUAUGGACGAUUGGCCAUCUGAGGUAUGUUUUCUUAACAAUGUGAUUCUAUUCACAUGUUAGGCUGCACAGGAAGCAUUUUUGGAGAAAACAAGCAUGGCGAAUCUAAACCUAAAGGGAAAAAGAGUUUUUUGCACAAUGUUUACACAGGAUCAAUAUUAUCUUGUAACAUAUUGUUCUGCAUGACUGUUGGUAGAGUAGCCUGUAACGACCACAGCUGAACAUUCCCAAAAGAAAACACUGAUCAUUCAAAGCCACAGAAGUGUCACUUUGAAGCCGUCUUGAGCGUGUCCUCGCUUUGUUCUGUACUAACUGUUCUUCUGACAUCUGUCCGUGCCUUGGUAUCUGUUUACACGCCUUCACCUUCAUCCUGUCGAUUUAGGGCUAUUUCUACUCCACCUCACAGUGUCCGUCACCUCGUGCUCUCGCGGGUGGAACUUGUUGUUCUGAAGGCAAAAGUCAGUCACGUGUUUCAUGUAAAUAAAAGUUUGGUCUUGUGAGCCUUUUUCCCAGUGUGACCUUCCUCCGUCGUUGUCAGCCUCUAGAGGGCGCCAGAUGUGGACGAAUCUGUCAACAUGCUGU